UUCCCCGUCCAGAUGCCGGUACGACUGAGCAGGACCACAUCAAGACAAGAAGCCCUCAGAAGAGUUCUGAACACCAUCCAACUGAACUCCUGUGUGUGUCAGGGACUAGGCUACCGACCUGUGAACCCUGAUCACCAGACUACUCGCUGAGGGUCUCUUGUCACUAAACAUUUGCUGCUUCCCUGUCUUCUCCUCACUCUCAGCUCUCCCCGUUCUCUGAACUUUAACCUCAGGCCUCUAGACUCCACGUUCAUUGAACUUUGACCUCAGGCCUCUAGACUCCCCGUUCAUUUAACUUUGACCUCAGGCCUCUAGACUCCCCGUUCAUUGAACUUUGACCUCAGGCCUCUAGACUCCCCGUUCAUUUAACUUUGACCUCAGGCCUCUAGACUCCCCGUUCAUUUAACUUUGACCUCAGGCCUCUAGACUCGCCGUUCAUUGAACUUUGACCUCAGGCCUCUAGACUCCCCGUUCAUUUAACUUUGACCUCAGGCCUCUAGACUCCCCGUUCAUUUAACUUUGACCUCAGGCCUCUAUACUCCCCGUUCUCUGAACUUUGACCUCAGGCCUCUAGACUCCCCAUUUCUCUCCCCCGAUUCUCCUCUCCUGUCUGGUCAUGGCUCCGUCCCUGGCCACAGCAUUUGCCAGGCGGUGGUGGAUGGCGGUGACAGCCAUCAUAGAAAACCUGCUGUUCUCAGCUGUCCUGCUGGGCUGGGGAUCGCUACUCAUCAUGCUCAAGUCUGAAGGCUACUACUCCUACAUGUGCAAUGGAGAAGGUAACCACACCUCCUCCUCCAACCUGUCUGUCCCCCUCCCCCCACCAGGGGGCGAUGAUGACUACAGUGAUUACUACUCUGAGGGUGUGGUGGGGUUAGGGGAUGGGGUAGAGAUGAGGCCCCUGGCCCACCAGGACCCCGAUGGCCCUAUGAGGAUGAACGGCUGGCUCAUCUGUAAGGACCAGGAUGAGAUGUUAAACCUGGCCUUCACCGUGGGAUCAUUCCUUCUUUCAGCCAUCACUCUGCCGCUGGGCAUCGUCAUGGACAAAUACGGACCACGCAACCUACGACUGCUGGGCAGUGCCUGUUUCUCCUUCUCUUGUCUUCUCAUCGCCUACGGAGCAUACAACCCUGAUGAGCUGUCAAUCCUCAUCUUCAUCGCGCUGACAUUUAAUGGCUUCGGAGGAAUGUGCAUGACCUUCACAUCCCUCACGCUCCCUAACAUGUUUGGUGAUCUGCGCUCUACGUUCAUUGCUCUGAUGAUCGGCUCCUAUGCCUCCUCUGCUGUCACCUUCCCUGGAGUCAAGGUGAUCUAUGACCUUGGUGUGACGUUCAUCACCAUCAUGGUUGUCUGGGCAGCGUGUUCCGGCCUCGUCUUCUUCAACUGCUUCUUCAACUGGCCCGUGGAACCCUUCCCUGGACCCGAGGACAUGGACUAUAGUGUGAAGGUAAAGUUCAGUUGGCUGGGUUUUGACCAUAAGAUCACAGGGAAGCAGUUCUACCAUCAGGUGACCACGGUGGGGAAGCGUCUGAGUGUGAGCAACAGUCUGAAGCAGAGAGAGCCCGCCACUAAGGAAGGACACAAACUCUGUCUCUCAACCAUGGACCUGGAGGUCAGCAAAAAAAACAAUGAGGAAUCCCAGUCGUUCAUGCAGAGCAUCAUCAGCCCUCUCUUCAUCCUCUCUCUGGUCACCAUGUCCAUCACUCAGCUGCGUCUCAUCUUCUACAUGGGAGCCAUGAACAACAUCCUGGAGGGCCUCAGUGAUGGAGACCUCAACACUGUCAGUUUGUACUCCUCUAUCUUCGGCAUGCUGCAGCUACUGUGUCUGAUGACGACUCCUGUGAUUGGUCAGAUUAUGGACUGGAAGCUGAAGGACUGUGAAGAUGCAGAGGGGGAGGAGGAACCGUGCAGCAAGGACCAGCUCAAGGCCAAGCCCAGAGACAGACAGAUCCAGAAGGUGACCAAUGCAAUGCGAGCGUUCAUCCUGACCAACGUCCUAUUGGUGGGAUUCGGCAUCACCUGCCUGGUGCCCAACCUCCCACUGCAGAUCCUGUCAUUUGUCCUCCACACUGUUGUGAGAGGGUUCAUCCACUCUGCAACCGGAGGUCUCUACGCUGCUGUGUACCCGUCGUCUCAGUUUGGCAGUCUGACAGGGAUGCAGUCUCUGGUGUCUGCUCUGUUUGCUCUGUUCCAGCAGCCGCUCUUCAUGGCCAUGAUGGGCCCUCUGAAGGGAGACCCACUCUGGGUGAAUGUAGGCCUGUUGGGGGUCAGUAUGCUGGGCUUCCUGCUGCCUCUGUACCUGGUGUGUUUCAGACGCACACUGCACCGCCGGAUACAGGACAGAGACCAGGACUCCAAGAUAUACCUCAAGAUCAACGGGUCUAGCAAACCUGAAGCUUUCGUCUAGAGAGGGGAGAGAGGGAGGAAGGUGGGAGGAGAUGGGAGGGAGAAGAGUGUUGUUCUACUUUGAAUCUGCAGAGGACACACAGAUAUAUACACGCCCACACACACACAUACGUACACACACACAGACUUUUGAAGACACCCAUGUAAGAACUUCUCCUCUUGUCAUGAAAACAUACUACCUUGGACAAACACUAAGGACUGAAUAAGAGCAAGAACAAGAGAGAGAGAGAGAGAGAGAGGGAGAGAGGGAGAGAGAGGGAGAGACUG